AUGGUGGCAAUAUCAUACGGUAAAGGUGUAGUUCUCUGUGAACAAUAUGAUGGGACAAUAACUGGCCCAAAAUUUGCAGAAAUUGUCAAAUCUUUUCCAAAAGCAUUCAACAAAUCAUCAAGCCCUAAAGCGAGAAGAUUUCUGAUGGAUGGAUGCCCGAGGCAGAAUUCAAAAGUAGCAAUGCGUGCUAUCGACAAAGUGAACACACUUGUAUUGAAAAUUCCCCCACGAAGCCCUGAUCUUAAUCCUAUUGAAAACCUUUUCCAUACGCUAACAGUGCGACUAAACAACGACGCAUUCCAAAACAAUAUUACCAAGGAAACUUUCAAAGAGCUAUCAUCGCGAGUCAAAGAAACUAUUUUGAGCGUUAGUUCUGAAGAAAUUGACAAAAUUAUUGACAGUAUGGAUAAAAGGAUCACCGCAGUUCUUAAAGGAAAGGGUCAAAGAACCAA